GAACAUUGCUUUUUUUUCGUGUAGUUCUUGCACAAUGAAGGUUGUUACUUGGAAUUUAAACGGCAUUAGGACUUUUAAAUCCGGUAUCAAACAGGCUCUUGAUUGUCUGGACGCAGAUAUUAUCUGUGUUCAGGAGACAAAAGUAACAAGAGACCUGCUGGAUGAAAGAACUGCCAUUGUUGACGGCUACAAUUCCUAUUUCAGCUACUGUCGAGGACGCAGCGGCUAUUCAGGGGUUGCAUCUUACUGUAAGGACAGUGCCACUCCAUUUGCAGCUGAGGAGGGUCUCACAGGUCUGCUGACCAGCCAUGAAGGUGCUGUGGGAUGCUACGGUGACCUCUCUGACUUUUUGAAUGAAGAGCUGCAGGCUUUAGACAACGAAGGACGAGCUGUCAUCACCCAGCACAAAAUCAUGUGUCAUGACAAAGAGCAGGUUGUUACUGUAAUAAAUGUGUACUGUCCACGGGCAGACCCUGACAAACCAGAGCGAAAACGAUUCAAACUACAAUUCUACAAGCUGCUUCAGAGUCGGGCUGAAGCUUUACUGAAUGAUGGGAGCCAUGUGAUCAUUCUUGGAGAUGUGAAUACAUCUCAUCGACCAAUAGACCACUGUGAUCCCAAUGAUAUUGAAGAUUUUGAUGAAAACCCUGGGAGAAAAUGGCUAAACGCCUUUUUGCACAGCAGCAACCAAGAAAAGAGCCAUGAUGAAGAUGGACCCGAAACAGAAUCGGAGGUAAAGGAUCCUGUCCAACCAGGCAAAUUUAUCGAUACCUUUCGGUUUUUCCACCCAACUCGUACCAAUGCCUUCACGUGUUGGUCCACUCUCACCGGAGCGCGGCAGACCAACUACGGCACACGCAUCGACUACAUAUUUGCGGACCGCCAGCUCGUCACAGAGCAGUUYGUGGCAGCGGACAUCAGGCCGGAGGUGGAGGGCUCAGACCACUGUCCUGUUUGGGCACAACUGAACUGCCCUCUCCUGCCCAGCUCCAAGCCUCCUCCCCUCUGCACUCGCUACCUGCCGGAGUUCGCCGGCAAGCAACAGAAACUCUCGCGCUUCCUUGUUAGGAUGGACCAAAAACUGACUGUGCUUGAGCAGAAGAAUGGCUUACCUGGUUCUCAAGAAGAGGAGGAAAGAAGGGAGAACGUAAACCCAAUUCGAGUUGAUAACACCUCUGGGAAAAAGCGCUCAUUAACUUCAGACUCUGCUGUCCCAAAGGGGAAAAAGACUAAGAYGGUAAAUACUUCUUUAAAGCCACAAGGCAACCUUCUUUCAUUCUUCAAACCCAAAUCCACCAAUGAUAAGCCGUGUGAAGAGGCAUCSACAGCUACUGCUCAGUGUUUAGUCACCACAGCCGAUGAAAUCAAACCUGUUGUUGACGGUUCAGCCCAGCURUGUACCAACAAACCAGUAAAGACCAAUAAUUCAACCCCUCAGACCACUGUGGGACAACCAGAUGUUAAGAAAGGAGCAUCWUCUGGGUUUUGGAAGUCUGUGUUUCACGGUCCACCCCCGCCACCAUCCUGUAAGGUCCACAGGGAACCCUGUGUGCUUCGCACUGUGAAAAAGGACGGGCCAAACGUGGGCAAACAGUUCUUUGUGUGCUGCCGUCCUCAGGGACAUGCCUCCAACCCCGAGGCUCGGUGUAACUUCUUUGCGUGGGUUGAGAAAGGAAAGUGACACGUUUUGAGACACAAACAACCGUUUAAACUCCACUGUACAUAUUUUUCAGCAUUCCAGUUUGUAGAUGUUGAUUUUGUUUUUUUUUUAUCUAAAAUAAAAAUAAAAUAGUUUUACAUUUCA